AUGGCUCUUAUCAUCCCAGACUGGCUGCGAGUAAUCCUCAUCCUGUUCAGCGGGGCCUCCUACCUGCCCCAACUGCAUCGCCUCUGGGUGCGCGGGAACUGCGAGGGCAUGUCGCUCGGCUAUCUUCUGUUCAGCCUCAUCAGCGCGACCGAACAAUUCACCAUCGGGUUCUUCUUCAUGGUGAACAACACGGGCGGAUCGGAUUUCUUCGUCGAAACUCCGCUGACGACCGGCGACUGGCUGAACCUAGCCCAGCUCACCCUGGUUUGGCUUUUACAACUCCUCCUCUUCAUCCUGUGCCUUUGGCUUCCCUCUUAUAAUGGCAUAGGUCACAAACUGGGGGCGCUGACGGUGUACAUCUUCUUUACCCUCAUCUCGAUCGUGCCUCUUUUCAUUGACGCUCUCGACCACGACAUCUUUGGUCCCCGCGGCAGCUCUGACCGCAAUUGGGCCGAAGCCCUCUACAGCGGCGGGCACCUGCUGUUCCUGAACCCGAUUGUCACGAUUGUGGCGAUCGGCGCGUUUUUCUACCAAGCGCGGGCUAUUCGUGCCCCGCCCAUCGGGGAUCUGCAAGCCGUCAGUAUCGAGGGGCUCCUGACCCAGGGUGUCGUGUUUGCCGUGGUGGCGAUCUCGUGGACGAUGCGGGUGAAGUUCCUAGACCUGUCGCUUGGGGAUAUCAUUGCGCACGGGGGAUUGUUUAGCUGGUACGAGCUGGUCGGAUGGGCCGCGGUCGAUAAUGCGGUGUUUGCUAUAGUGCAGAUCUCGCUGUUCUGUCUUGCGCGGAAAUACGGAGGGGUGAAGAUGAAUGAUGCCGAGAGGGAGCCUCUCUUGGGGGCUGCGCGCGACUAG